UGAUCGCGAUGACUUAUGGGAAAUUCCCAGAUGUCCAACUCCUGGGAGUGAAGAUUCCCAGUUCCCCAGCCACAAGUGAGAUCCUACAUUCAGCAGCUGCGGCAGCUGGAGCUGUGAGCAGGACCUGAGACUCAGGAAUUACACACAUACACAAGCCCAGCCUAGAGGCUGGAAAUCCGGACUGGGAAGAGUCUAACCUCGGCAAGAAAAUUCCUCAAACCAGGACUAAACAUAACAUAAAAGGGAAAUCCUCAACCUGCUGACAGAUAGGGGGAAAUAAACAGAACAGAGAUUUCCAGCGUGUGAAGACCAACAUUCGCUGCUCCCUACGACCAACGAGAAACUUAUUGCAAUUGGAUUGUUACAAUGCAGCCGGGAGCGCGCGGGUCCGGUGUGGGAUAAAGGAGACCAAACCAGGAUUAAACAUUCCUGAGGGACACAGGGAAGAUUGCACGGUACCAGAAAGCCCAAGGGAGAGAAAGACCUUCACAUUCUUUGCAAAUGUUGAGCAGGAUAUUCAGCUAAUUUGGAGAUAAAGAAAGCGAGACUGAUAAUCAGCGUCUGUUAAUGAUCCGCCCAAGUGGUUACCAUGGUUAAUGAGACAUUCUGCUCCUGGGAUCCUAAGUUUGAGGAUCAGGCAAUUAAUGUGAACGUUGGAGGCCUAAAGAGAAAACUCAGAUCCAGCACCCUCUCCCGAUUCCCCAACACCAGACUUGGGCAGCUGUUGACCUGUGACUCAGAAGAGUCCAUUCUCCGGAUAUGUGAUGAUUACGAUGUGUCGAAGAAGGAAUUCUAUUUUGACAGACACCCUGGGCUUUUCCCAUAUGUGUUGAACUUUUACCAGACCGGGAAGCUGCACAUGAUGGAUGAGCUUUGCGUUUUCUCCUUUUCGCAGGAGAUUGAAUACUGGGGCAUCAAUGAAUUCUUCCUCGAUUCCUGCUGCAGGUACCGCUACCACGAGCGCAAAACCGAGAGCAGGCGCAGAAACUGGGACGACGACAGUGAUGUGAGCAGUAUCGAGACCUCUCCGGAUGAGAUCUUGGACUUCAACCGAGACUUGCUAUUAUUCCGUGGCUUGAAGUAUGGGAACUGCAGGAAGCAGCUCUGGCUGACCCUGGAGAACCCAGGCUACUCUAUCCCAAGUAGACUUUUUAGCUUCCUCUCCAUCAGUGUGGUUCUGGGCUCCAUUGCCACCAUGUGCAUUCACAGCAUGCCCGAGUAUCAGAUUCUAGACCAAUACAACAACGAGAUGGAUGAUCCCAGGUUACAGAUUGUGGAGCAGUUCUGCAUUGCCUGGUUCACCAUGGAGGUCUGUUCCCGCCUGCUCCUGAGCCCCAACAUUAAGAAAUUUUGUUGCCACCCACUCAAUAUUAUCGACAUAAUUUCCAUCUUACCGUUUUACUUCACCCUGCUGGUUCACCUGAUCUUCGGACAUACGACAGAUCUGGAAAAUCUGGGGAAGGUGGUCCAAGUCCUGAGGUUGAUGAGGAUCUUUAGGGUGCUCAAGCUAGCACGCCACUCGACAGGACUCCGAUCUCUGGGAGCAACCUUAAAGCACAGCUACCGAGAGGUAGGGAUCCUCCUGCUGUACCUGGGCGUAGGAGUCUGUGUCUUCUCUGGGAUGGCAUAUACAGCUGAAAAGGACGAGGAUGUUGGACUGGACACUAUUCCAGCCUGCUGGUGGUGGGGUACAGUUAGUAUGACUACAGUGGGCUACGGGGAUGUGGUGCCCAUCACCGUGGCGGGCAAGCUGGCUGCCUCAGGCUGUAUCCUCGGGGGCAUCUUAGUGGUGGCACUGCCCAUCACCAUCAUCUUCAACAAAUUCUCCCACUUCUACCGACAGCAGAAGGCGCUAGAGGAGGCAGUGAGGAGCAGCCGCCUGAAGGGAAAUGAGUCGGAGGACGAUGGAGGGGGAGAGGGGAAUCUGUCGGAGGUGGAGGGGGAUCAGGAUCGGGCACACAAGCAGGGAUCAUGAGAUUCCGACAGACUGGAGAAUGAAACACCAACUACAAAGUAAGACUGUCCAAAGGACAGGGUAAAAGUUUUAUAGAAUCUAUAUUAGAUUGCAGGGCUUUACUAAGGAGGAUUCUGAAUGAAUAAGGACUGUUGUCAAAAAAGAAAUUCUUAUAACUAUUAUAUACACGCUCGCCUCAACAACAGCCCUCAAACUAUCCAGAGGAAACUGUAUAUGUGACACCAAGUCAGCGACACUCUAGAGGGCCUAGUGCAAUAAAUGAAACAACCAUCUGAUUCUUGCUGUUCGGCAUUACCUUGGGUCAACCCGACGCCAAGAUGCUAAACCCUUACCCUGAACACAGUCACAAUAUCAAAUGUAGCGGUGAGAUAUUUAUUGUCCAUGACCAACUGCACGUUGCAACAUAUAAACUGCAGCCCCUCCACAAUAGUUUUCAACAGGGCGGUCUGAGUGAGUAGUCACGAGGCUAUCUGGAAAUCCUCAUUUCAAUUACUUGGAUUCGGAGCUGACUGAUCCUACACAAUUUGUGUCAUCUUGAAUUUUCAGUGAUUAACUGCUGGGGACUGAGCUCAUGGUCAUUUGAUUCAAGUGA